AUGAUUGGGUCUCCUGGCCCUGGUGGGCGUGCCUUAGUGCCAUGGCCGAGGGUGUGGCGAUGGGUCCUGGCUGCUUCUCUGGUUGCCAUGAUAACAUUAAUGCUGCCAGGAAGGAGCCAGGCCUGUCCGCCACGGUGCGAGUGCUCGGCUCAGCUGAGGUCGGUGUCGUGCCAGCGGCGGAGGCUCACCAACAUCCCAGAGGGCAUUCCCACAGAGACACAGCUCCUGGAUCUCAGCAAGAACCGGCUCCGCUGGGUGCAGGCGGGUGACCUUGCACCGUACCCGAGGCUGGAGGAAGUGGACCUCAGUGAGAACCUCAUUGCCACAUUAGAGCCCAAUGCCUUUGCCACCCUCCAGAGUCUUAAAGUGCUGAAGUUAAGGGGAAACCAGCUGAAGUUAGUGCCGAUGGGGGCCUUCGCCAAGAUGGGCAAUCUGACCAGCCUGGACCUGAGCGAGAACAAGAUGGUGAUUUUAUUAGACUACACCUUCCAGGAUCUGAGGAGUCUGAAACAUCUAGAGGUGGGAGACAACGACCUGGUUUACAUAUCCCACAAGGCAUUCUCAGGGCUGCUGGGGCUGGAGGAUCUCACAAUAGAGCGUUGCAACCUGACAUCUAUCUCUGGCCAGACACUGUCCUACCUCCGCAGCCUGGUCACUCUUCGCCUCCGUCACCUCAGCAUCACUGCCCUGGAGGACCAGAACUUCCGCAAGCUCUCCAACCUGCGGGGUCUGGACAUCGAUCAUUGGCCGUACCUGGAGUACAUCUCCCCCCUUAGUUUCCAGGGCCUGGACCUCCACUGGCUCUCCAUCACCAACACAAACAUCACCUCUGUCCCCUCUGCCUCCUUCAAGAACCUGGUGCAUCUCACCCACCUCAACCUGUCCUACAAUCCCAUCACCACACUAGAGCCCUGGGCCUUCAAGGACCUGCUGAGGCUGAAGGAGCUCAUCAUGGUAAGCACAGGGUUGAUGUCAGUGGAGCCCCAUGCCCUUGGAGGCCUCCGACAGAUCCGGGUCCUCAACUUCUCCUCCAACGACCUGCAGACUCUGGAAGAGGGCUCCUUCCACUCUGUCAACAGUCUGGAGACCCUCAGAGUGGAUGGGAACCCUCUGAUGUGUGACUGUCGUCUGUUGUGGAUCCUGCAAAGACGCAAGACCCUCAACUUUGACGGCAGAGUGCCGGUGUGUGCAGGGCCGGUGGAGGUGCAAGGAGUCAGCCUCAGCACCUUCACCGAUUCUGCACUCUUCGAUCACUUCACAUGCCAGAAACCUAAGAUACGCAACCGUAAGCUGCAGCAGGUGGUUGCUCGUGAAGGCCAGCCAGUGAGUUUUCUGUGUCGAGCUGAGGGAGAACCUGCACCUGCUAUUGUCUGGAUUUCCCCACAGCGCAGACGGAUCACAGCUAAGAGUUCAGGGCGAAUCACUGUUCUCCCUAGUGGCACCCUGGAGAUCCGCUACGCCCAACUUACUGACAGCGGAACAUACAUCUGUAUUGCCAGUAACGCUGGAGGCAAUGACACCUACUUCGCCACACUCACAGUGCGUGGCCAGCCGUUAGACGCCGCCUCAGCCUUCUUUCUCAACCGCUCGCUUUACAACAGCGAGUUCUUCAAUGACACAAAUCUGAACAGCACACGUGUUUUCCUCAAGUUCACCUUGGACCUGACCACAAUCUUGGUCUCCACGGCAAUGGGUUGCAUCACUUUCCUGGGGGUUGUCCUCUUCUGUUUCCUGCUGUUGUUCGUGUGGAGCCGGGGACGCGGCCAACGCAAGAACAACUUCACAGUGGAGUACUCUUUCCGGAAAUCUGAACCCGCCACUGGAGGCUCCUCGGGAGGGACCAGGAAGUUCAACAUGAAGAUGAUAUGAAACAACGCAGCCAGGGGUCCCUUGGGGGAGGCAUGAGCACGUCCCAAAAACGUGUUUGACACACGCAAACGCACACAGCCACUGACUCGCAAAGAAGUUUGAAAGCACAAUAUAAGUUCCUGUCUAGGGCUCCAUUCAAAAUUGAGCGCCCACAUCAAAACCCGAGCCAUUACUUGAUUUGGUUUGAUUUGUGAAUGAAAUCAAAAUCAUCCUGAUCUCUCUGCCUCUCAGUGGUUAUAUUCAGCAUGUGGUGAAAAACAUGUUUGAAUGAUACUGUAAGGAACUACAGUAUUGAUAGAUUUGAAAGAGCUGUUUGUCAUCCAUGCUUGAUAGAGUUAAGAAUUAUAGGAGAGAAGUUGUGAAUUGGCAUGAUUACUGAGCUGUGGAAUACUGGUUGUCCUGUGUCUUGGUUACACUAAUGAGAAAAUGAAAAAGAUUUCCUUUUCAUUAAAAUUCCCUUUACUUUAUUCUGUGCAGCCAGGAUUUUAAGACAAAUGUGAUCUAGCUACCAUCCUUUUAUAGAAUUUGUAGCUAUACUCUUCAAAAGUCUGCCUUGUUAAGAGUUAUGCAUGUAGAGUUGCAAUUGAAAGUUAAAUUGUAAAUUUAUACCGAAAAAUAAAAAGCACAUGGGUUUGAAAGAAAAUUUGAAUAUGUUUUCUAUAGAAUAUUCAGUUUAACAGCCAGCUUUAUCUAUUCUGACCACAGCUGAACAGUGAGGAGGAUUAUAUCGGCUCAAACACUUCAUCAACAUUAUCAUAUGUCAUUUGUUUUAAUGAACGAAAGCUUAGUGGAUGUAGACUAUGAUCUGAUUAUAUCUGGUACGAGGGAAUCGAUUUGGAUCAUUCACAUAAAUGACAAAUAGACAAACAAAACAUGAUUUGGCCUUUUCUUCGUGAGAUUUUGCGACAACGUUAGCUGUGUGAGUUUGGGACGAGCGCACUA